UGUCUACUGAGCACCCUUGCACCCUGUCUGCUGCUGAGUGCCCUGGGAGCUGCUGCUGAGGGACCCUGCACACUAUCCGUGGUGCGUGUCCCUGGAAGCUGUCUGCUGCUGAGUGCCCUGGGAGCUGCUGCUGAGGGACCCUGCACACUGUCUGUGGCCGUGGGUCCCCGGAAGCUGUCCGCUGCUGAGCGCCCUGGGAGCUGCUGCUGUCUGCUGAUCACUGGUUGUCCCUGGAAUGCUGACUGCUGGUCGUCCCUGUCUGGAGCCGCCUGCCGCUGAGGGUCUGCAAGCUGCUUACCGUGAGUGUCCUGAACUGUCACCGCUGUGUGCACCGACCACCCGUGUUCUGAACGGUCUCUGCUGUGUGCACCGACCAUCCGUAUCCUUAACUGUCUCUGUUGUGCGCACUGACCACCUGUGUCCUGAACUGUGCCUGCUGUGUGCACCGACCACCUGUGUUCUGAACUGCCCCCUGGUGUGUGCACUGACCACUCGUGUCCUGAACUGUCCCCGCUGUGUGCACUGACCACCCGUGUCCUGAACUGUCCCUGUUGUGCGCACAGACCACCGGGGUUAGGCACUGCCCUACUACACGCCUAGACUACCCUUACUUGAACUGCCCCCUGUGGUGCCCCUGAGUGCUUGAGCUACCCCCCG